AUGUGGCAAUGGGCUCGAAACUGGAGAUGUCCCUUCAGGGUGUCCUCACUUCCCUGGGCAUCACCCACCCAAGGUGUCGGUCCAUCCCUGACCACUUGCAGGAACAACACAACUAGGCCAGUACCACUCUCUUACCGGCUGCUGGAUGGUCAAGACAACCUCCCACCUGUUGUCUUCCUGCAUGGGCUGUUAAGCAACAAAAACAUCUUCCAAUAUGAGGCUGAAGUCCUGGCACAGCAGACAGGCAGAAAGGUUUUGACAGUGGAUGCUCGGAACCACGGAGAGAGCCCUCACAGCCCUGACUGCAGCUAUGAGGCCAUGAGCACUGACCUGCAGGAUCUCCUGCCAAAGCUGGGGCUCACCCCUUGUGUCGUCAUUGGGCACAGCAUGGGAGGCAAGACAGCCAUGGUGCUGGCUCUACAGAAGCCAGAGCUGGUGGAACGACUGGUCUCAGUGGAUAUCAGCCCCUUGACCAGCCCAGACAUCUUUCGAAUUGUGCCAGCUAUGAAGCUGAUGAAUAUCCCUAGAAAUCUUUCCCGCUCCCAAGCCUUUCAAGUAGCUGAAGAGCAACUGAAGCCAUUCGUCAAGAGUUCAACUGUUCGUCGGUACAUGUUCAACAGUCUGCUGCAAGUCAAUGGGCAGUAUUUAUGGACAGCCAAUGGUGAAGUCCUGUAUCAACAAAAGGACAAGCUUCUGGGCUUUCCUCAGAUCCAAGGAGUCUACCCGGGUCCCUCCCUCUUCCUCAGAACUACCAAUUCUGACUUUGUCCC